CAAAACAGCGGUCAACAAUUUCUGCUCUGUAGUGGAUACCCUGAGAGAACAAUCGGGACUGUUCAGCUUUAUUUAUUUUUGGCCAUUAAUCGUAAUUUUGUCAAGCGUGUUAGAAUCAUGUGGAGUUUGUGCAUGUUGCUGCUUUUAAAUGUGGUGGCCUCUCAUUGGACUCCCCCUGAAGUUGGCCAACAGAGGGUUUUUUUAAAGAUGAAAUCAAUCCGUCUAUAAUAAAUGCCCUGAUCGUUGUCCCUGUGAUGCUCAGAGGACAUAGCUGCUGGACACUCAAUAUCAGUUGGGCCAUCAGUAUAGACAAUAGCAUCCAAUAUCUCACAGGGACUCAUUUGACGAUAGAAUUUGGAUCUAUGUACAAAUUCGAUUGUCGCUAUCACCCACGUUUGCACACCGUGGGCCUCAGGAAUGACACGCAGCAAGCGUGGUUCCAUCACCUGCUGACUGACUGCAAUUUGAAGUUAGGCAACGCAAUUGACGUUACAGCCUACAAUCUUCCCAUCCCACCACAUACGAAUAGAAGAAUGGAUUAUAAAAACUAUGUAGAAUCCCAAAUCCCUGAUCACUUGCCAGAUGAGCAGCAGAGCCGCUUCGUAACGCCAGGUGAGGAGAGCCUUUCCACCCCAGUUGUGAGUGUGAUGCCCUCUUCAGAGACAGCUGAGCUGGAGAGUUUGUCUGCAGGCUCCCUGCUGGUUAUUCUGGGCUCUGGGGCUGGCCUGCUAGCUCUGGUCUGCUUCAUCCUCUAUAAAGUUUACAGAAAAACAUCCCGCUAUAGUUCCUUGCCACUGCCUUAUACUCCCCAAGCACCCGUCUCUGUCCUGGUGAUCUACCCUCCUGAGAACUCUGUGUUCCAGAACGCAGUGGUGUCUCUGGCAGAGUUCCUGCUGGGUAGUGGCUGCAGAGUGGACAUCGACCUCUGGCAGCGUGGCCUGCUAGCAGAGAUGGGCCCAAUGCGCUGGCUGGCUCAGCAGGCCAACAAGGCGGACAGAGUGCUGGUUGUCUGUCCGCCGUAUAACCAUAACCCAGCCCCCUGUGCACCCCCUUCCAGGCUGGGACACUUGGCCAAUGUCCCAACUGCAGCAGCCUAUGACUUGUUUCCCCUGGUGCUGAAUAUGCUGGCCAGCCAGGCGCUAUGCCCAGGCCAGAUAGACAAGUUCUGGGUGCUGCACCUAGGCAAAGCCCCGGAGAGCAGUGACGUUCCUGUGGAGCUGAGGGGCUGCAGAAAGUUCUGUCUGAUGAAGGAUGUGGAAAAGCUGUGCAGGCAGCUCCACAGGCAGCAAGGCUCUAUGGGGAGGUUCACCACAGGCCUGGGAAGGCCUGGGGCUGAUAUGGCACACCGUAAAAACAAGCUGAGCGAUGCUGUGAGAUAUUUAGGGACUCAACCAGACUUCUCCCAGUCGCAGUUAGGCGUCUCAGUAGAGCUGAAUUGUAUGAAGGAAAAUAUAUAAACUUUGAGCACGUUAUGGCUUACACUUGAUACAGCCCAUGCUGUAUUUUAAUACUUUUGUUUCAUGUUUUAGUGAGGGUUAUAGACUGCAUGGACUUGCAGUGGUAGACAGUCAUAUACAUAGACAAUGUCUCAGUAUUUAAGAAUUGGCAUGCAAGUGGACAAACCUUUUUCUAUAAGAAGCAAUUUGACUCAAUUUGACAAUGUCUUGACAAACCCAUACACAUGGAUGUGUCGUAGGCCGAAAACUGGAUGUAAGACACCUCAGGUUAAGCUGGGUGGAAAACACCACGAUAUAGGGUUGUCUUGACAUUUUGCCUCUCAGUAGGAUACUGAGAGAACAUCACAUAUUUACUAAACGCUCACAAGAGAUAACGAGAGGCACCCACGAGAGCUCAGAUCUUGUACGAAGAACAGAGGGCAGGGCAAACUGACAUUUUAGGGGUUUAGAAGAUAAUCACACCAUGGCAGGCUAAACUGCCAUUUAGAUCAGAGGCGUUCUGUGCACUAUAAAUGCUGUCUGUAUUCAAUUGUUAAGUAGGCUCUCUAUCUUGUGCUCGGAGAGACCUAACGUAUGUUGCCUUUCUGACUUGAUCAAUAAAAG